UGCCAUGAUAUAGCCGCUAGAUGUCGCUGUUGUAACGUGUAAAACCAGCUCGCGCGAGCCGCGUUCAGUUGAUGUUUAAAAGCACGAGCGCAUAACGGCUCUGACAGACGACGGUCAUAAAUAAAAAGGUUAUUUGUAUUAAACACGAAAGAUAUGGAUACUGAAGGGUCUGUUUUUAAACUCCCCAUAAGCCAAAACACUUUUCCUGCUAAAUUAUGGAAACUGGUCAAUGAUCCUCACAACAGUUCAGUCACCUGGAGUCCGGAUGAAGAUGGAGUGAUAAUCAACCAGCAGCAGUUUGAGAUUGAGCUGAUGUUACCUGUCAAACAAAAUCCCAAACUGUUUAAGACCACCAACUUCCACAGCUUCAUCCGUCAGCUCAAUCUGUACGGUUUCAGGAAGAUGUUAGAUGAUUCCUCAAAGGCCAGACAACUCCACCACUUCUACAAUCCCAACUUUAGAAAGGAUCAGCCUGAACUUUUGGUCAAUCUAAAGAGAUUGACCAUCAAUAAUAGAGUCAAGAUGUGCGGAGAGAUGGAUUGUGCACCAAGGUCGAUCCGUCGAAAAUCUGAGCACAUCACCGCAGAUGAGAACCAAGGCUCUGUACAUCCAUAUCAGUUCCACGGUGCUGAAUCCUAUCAGCUGAGGUCACAUGAUCAAACCCUGAUCGCAUCCCAUCCCUUGAUCUUUCACUACGGUGAUGUAUCUCCCUUCUACAUUGACAAGGGCAUCCCGGUUUCUGUUUUUAGGCAAAAUCCACCUGACAGCUCUCACGGGUUUGCCUUUACCCAUAACACCAUGCUGCUUCACCAAGAGCCAAAAUAUAUACCUGUACCAUUUUACUCACCAUACACACCAAGAUAUUUCCCAACAGCUAUUUGUCAGUGUAGCAGAAGUUGCUUUAUGGAUGUGGACAGAACAGGCUUUGGUCAAUAUUCAUUUGCCCCUUAUGGUUAUUUCCAGCAGAACUAUUCUGUGAAUGAGCCUCACAUCAGAAGUCAAACUCAAGACUGGAUACCAAAAGAUAGGGGUGACAUUAACCUGGACACAGUGUUUCAGAUGGUGGAUGAGUUUCAGGGUUUACCGAAUGUUGACAUAGUCCAAGUGGAUUCUCCUGUAAAACCCCAACACACCUUUGGCUUAUCUGACCCUUCUGGAUCUGCUUUCUACACUUUACCUGCUGUAUCUGAGCUUAAAUCUCUCAAUGACCAAAGCUCCAGGCCCAAUACUGUGUCAUUAAGUUCUGUGCCAAGGCUGGAUUCCUAUGAUGGUGCUUGUAGAAGGAGCACUGAUAACAUCAAUCUGGAGGCUUAUAAACAGUACAAUGACAUUAUGUCUAAAUACAGCGUGAAUCAGGUCUUACAUUCAUCUUCUAAGGAAAGGAUCAUAACCACACAGGACAACACAACGCUUGGAAAAUAAUCACUGCAGCUGCUUCGAUGACAGUCGAUGUUCCCCAGCAGAUGCUCAUGACAGACAUUAGAAUAUGAAUCAAAUAUUUAAAUAUAUCAGUAUUUCUCAAUGCUCCAUGUUAAACAAAUAUUUAGCAGUCAUUUUUUUCUAUAGUUAUUUAAUGAUUUAGAAAGCUAUUUAACUUAUAGCCACUGACAAAGACUAUUAUAUAGAAUUUUUGAUGAUCUUAAAUAUAUUUCUUAUAAAUAAUUAAUCACUACAUCUGUAAUACAACACAAGAACAAAAGAAAGAUUUUAAUAGCAUUUAUUUGAGCUUAAUUUGAAUAAAUUCAGAAUGAAAACACUGAUAA